GGGGAGGGGGAGUCUCGGGGCUCCGCCUUGGGAAGGCCCGUGCGGGAUUCAAAGUCUGCGGGCGUUGGACACUCCGCUCCUGUUUCAGGACCUGUUAAAACCGGAGUUUAUGACCCCAGAUAGCGUCGGCCUGCCCACGCCCCUCUGCGAGUUUGGCCCUUGUACCCCUUUCAAGCUUUCUACCCUGGCUCCGCCCCAACUGCCUGGUUCCUUUGCAAGUCGAAAGCUAGGCCAGGUUUUGCAGUCCUGUGGCUCAGUGGCCUCGGGACGAUUGGCCCUUUCUGCUGACCAGCUCCUGAGAGGCGGUGUGGGAACGGGAGGAGGGAAAACACGGGACUGAGCCGGUGGAAUCGGACGUCCAGGGAGCGUCUGCCUCUUCUUCACUAGGGCUUGCUAGCUCCAGGGGCCUCUAGCGUCACACUGAGUCUCGAUGGGGAGCAGUUGGCACAGAUGUGGCGUGUGCCUCGUGGUUACAGGGUCCCACAGUUUUUUCCGGUGGCCCAUCUUUGUCAGGUACGCUUCCUGGAGCAGCAGAACAAGAUGCUGGAGACCAAAUGGAGCUUGCUGCAACAGCAGAAGACAUCCAGGAGCAACAUGGACAACAUGUUUGAGAGUUACAUCAACAACCUCCGUCGGCAGCUGGAAGCCCUGGGCCAGGAGAAGCUGAAGCUGGAGGUGGAGCUUGGCAACAUGCAGGGCCUGGUGGAGGACUUCAAGAAUAAGUAUGAGGAUGAGAUCAACAAGCGUACAGAGAUGGAGAAUGAGUUUGUCCUCAUCAAGAAGGAUGUGGAUGAAGCCUACAUGAACAAGGUGGAGCUUGAGUCCCGCCUGGAAGGACUGACCGACGAGAUCAACUUCCUCCGGCAGAUCCAUGAAGAGGAGAUCCGUGAGCUGCAGUCUCAGAUCUCAGACACGUCUGUGGUGCUGUCCAUGGACAACAGCCGCUCCCUGGACAUGGACAGCAUCAUUGCUGAAGUUCGUGCCCAGUAUGAGGAGAUCGCCAACCGCAGCCGGGCUGAGGCCGAAACCAUGUACCAGAUUAAGUAUGAGGAAUUGCAGACCCUGGCUGGGAAGCACGGGGAUGAUCUACGUCGCUCGAAGACGGAGAUCUCUGAGAUGAACCGUAACAUCAGCCGCCUGCAGGCGGAGAUUGACGCCCUCAAAGGCCAGAGGGCAACCCUGGAGGCGGCCAUUGCUGAUGCAGAGCAGCGUGGGGAACUGGCCGUGAAGGAUGCCAAUGCCAAGCUGGAGGAUCUGAAGAAUGCCCUGCAGAAGGCCAAGCAGGACAUGGCCCGGCAGCUGCGCGAGUACCAGGAGCUGAUGAACGUGAAGCUGGCGCUUGACAUCGAGAUCGCCACCUACCGCAAGCUGCUGGAGGGCGAGGAGAGCAGGCUGGAGUCUGGGAUGCAGAACAUGAGCAUCCACACGAAGACCACCAGUGGCUACGCAGGAGGACUGAGUUCAUCCUACGGGGGACUCACUAGCCCCGGCUUCAGCUAUGGAAUGAGCUCUUUCCAGCCCGGCUUCGGUUCUGUUGGGGGAUCCAGCACUUAUAGCCGCACCAAGGCUGUGGUCGUGAAGAAGAUUGAAACCCGAGAUGGGAAACUGGUGUCUGAGUCUUCUGACAUCAUGUCCAAGUGAAUGGCCACUGAAGUCAUUGCCAGCCUGAGGUCCUGCAGCUGCUUAGGGGUCAAGGGGAGACAGCUGUAUGGCAGAGUGCAGGGAACUAGGGACCAGCCAGAGUACCAGCCCUAAACCUCUGGCCAACCUUGGGAGGAAUUUCCUAUCUGGGAUAUGCCAAUGCCCAACUCAAUUGUAUUUUCCAAAAUAAAGCCUCAGCUGGCUGUAUCAACUA